AUGGCGGCGGCUGGAGAGCGGACGACCCAAUCAAUGGUGGGGGGCGAACCGAUUCGCUGUCCUGUCAUUGGCCCUGGGGCUGGCGACCCGGACCAGACGUCAGAGAUGCCGGGGCAUUUAAUUGAACCUAAGAACUGCCAAACUGCAAGGGACGUAACCCAGAAAAUCGCUGCCUUCUUUGGGCUGAAAAAAGUGUCCUCUAUUAAACGCCAGCGACCGGUUCCUCUUUCCACGCCCAUACUUGACAAUAAAAGUCUAAACUAUAUUAAGAUCCCUGGAGGGAAUGGAGAGCAGGGAGGGCCUGAGAAUGGGCUCAUCGCCCGCCAGCCCGCCCUCCCAGUCCCACCCUCUCUCUCCCUCCCUCUCUCCCUUCCUCGUCCCCUCCCUCCCUUGCCGGGAUGCCCGGAGCCCUCGAUUGAGGCGGGAGGUUCGGUAGCCCUCUCCCACCAGUGCAGCCAAGGCAGGGUCAUGGGCAGCGGGAGCAGCAGGAGCAGGAGAGUGCGGAGGCAGUUGUGCAGCCCUGCUAAGAACCCAGGGGUCCCUGGUGUCCAGGAGUUGAGCGAUGGGCAGCAGGGCACUGAGGCCUGCCAGGAGGAGAAGGACGCGAAGGAUGGACAGGAGGAAGGCUCAAAGAAAGGGGCCCAAGGAGACUGCGCUGUCCAAGACUCUGAGUCUCCCCGAAAGGGGGAGGAGAAUGAGUCGGAGUCAGAAUCACUGCUACUGGACCAGGUAUUGGCCGAGUCGGAAGCCUGGGACCCAGCAUUCAAACCCUGGCCAAGUCGGGCCUCCAGCUCUCGGCCGGGGCCGAAUCCACACCUGGGUGGGGCUCCCCACUCCCAGGCGAACCUCAGCAGCAGCGGAGAGCGCAAGGUAUCUCCUGUGCAGAGCACUCAGGAUAUAGAGAACAAUAACACCUUUGAGACUUCUACCACAAGCAGCAAGAGGCCUGAAAGACAAACUCCCAUCUUGUACGACUGCUCAGAAGAGGAGCUGAUGGCGAGCAUUGAGCGAGAAUAUGGCCGCUGAGAGUUGGCACAAGCCAGGGAAGACUUGUGAUUUUGUAAUGACAGCCCCUGAGCAGUGAAAAAGGCACAUCUUCCAUGGAGAUGAGAGGCAAUGUCAGCUUCUGUCUCUGCCCCUUCUCCCCAUCAGCCAGGAGCUCGCACAAUACAUAACCCAGUGGGGUCAAGUUAUUCCUCCACUAAGGGAAUCAUCUCUAGUAGGCAAUUGGUCAGUGUGGAGGAAGGUGUAGAGCCUUCCAGUAAGACAACAAUCAUUUCUGAAGUGUAUUUAUAGAUCCUUAGACUAUUAUGUCUUUUUUUUCUUUCUUUCUUUUUUCUUUUUAGGCAAUUGGGGUUAAGUGACUUGCCCAGGGUCACACAG